CUCGAUGCCACCAUGAGACUGGUGUCCCUGGGGCUGUUCCUCACCUUCACUCUGCCGCCUUUCACUGCUGGCCACAUCCUACCAGGAUUAUCGGAGGGCAGAAGCAGGAAGCAGAAAGUGUGGGUCAGAGAGGGGAGUUCAGCCGUGCUGCCCUGCCACUUGGGCCCCAGAAAGACGAAGGAGAGCUCAAAGCAGCUGUCUGACAAGAUAUCUGUGCUGUGGAAGCGGCAUGGGGGAAGUGUACACCAGGAGCCACACGUGGUGCUGGAAGUUGGGUACUCGGGCCUCCAGAAGACAGCACUGCUCAUGAAGCCCCGGGUGUCACUCCAGGACUCUGCCUUACGCAAUGGCAAUUUCUCCCUGCGGAUCGACCCCGUCUGGAGUGAGGACGUUGGGCUGUAUGAGGCACAGGUGAAAUACAAAACAGAGGUCCACAGCUGCCUCGUGGAGCUGGGUGUGAUCACAGUAACCCUCAGUCCACCCAAUCCGGUGAUAGAAAAUGAGCUGCUCUUGAUGAGCUGCAACUCCAGCCACCGUGCCAGCCUUGUGGAGACAUGCUGGUUCCAUGACAAGCACCCAGGCCCCACCUCCAGGACCCUCUGCUCCUUGUCUGGGACUCUCUCCAUCCUCCACCCAGCCAUGAGUGAUGCGGGCUCCUGGCACUGCCAGCUUCGGUAUUCUGAUAAGGAGAUAAUUUCUGCCACAUUCAACCUGCAAAUUCUAGGUUUUGAAGGCCCAACCAACCCUGUGGUCUAUGCAGCAGCUGGGUCUGCAGCUGAUCUACCGUGCAGGCUGAGCUACCUUCCCAGUGCCUUUGGGAUGAGUGUGGUGGCAGCCCACUGGAGCCACCUUGGAGGAGGACAUUUGCAAGACUGGGGCAUGUCCCAGAAUUUGAGCAGUAGAAGCUUCCCCCUGCAUCUCCCGGCUGUGGGGCUGGGUGAUGCAGGGCAGUACCGCUGCACUGUCUCUGUAGGACACAGGACAAUCAGCAGGGACGUGACCUUGACCGUGGUUACAGUGACUCCAAGCAUCCAAGGACCGGUUUCUGAGGGGAAUCGUUUGCUGCUCAUCUGCCGCCUCACGCACUCCCAGGGACAUGAGCGUUUCCAGUGGACACACCUUGACUCAGCCCCUACUAAGAGCAAGCUGGCUGUGGCUGCUCCCCGUAACUUGGAGGGCCACAGUUCCCAGAUGGGACCUAUCUUGGAAAUAUCCCAGGUGUCACAAAAGGACACAGGCACCUGGGAAUGCAGUGUGUAUGGCCCAGAAGGCAGACUGGGAGCAGUGGAAUAUGAUCUGCACAUCACAGGUGCCCAGGUCUCCAGCGCACCCUCCAUCUUCAGUGGGCAGAUUACUUUUGGGCUCACACUCACCCUCUUCUUCCUGCUUGCUGUUUGUGUUGUAGCUCUGGCCCUACAAAAAAGGGCGCAGACUCCCGCCUUCCCAGCACUGGAAGGGAUGUUUGCAGUCAAUGUCCCGUGGAAGUCCAUGGAGGAAAACCAGAAAGGGAAGAUCCAGCAAACGGAGUGCUGA